CGAGUUAAACUUUCAAGAGGAAGAGACAUCAGCUAACCGGACAGAUGCUACCUGACUUGUUCGCUUGUUUCUCGGUUAUUUAUCACACCAAGUGCAAUGUCCAAGACACAGACCAAGAAAAAGGAGUCCUCCUUAAGUAAAGUCAAUUUAUCCGACCGACAGGCUGAAACAGCCACUUCCUCUGAGAGCCUAGGAGCUGCAGGGAGAUGCAGAUUCCCCAUCUGGCCAGAGUGGAAUGAUGCUGAAGUCAACGAGGAGAAAUGGGACUCAAUUAAAGGAGCUGAAGAAGGAAGGAGGAUCAAGAGUCAACAUGCUACAUGUUUUGAAGAUCCUGAGGGGAAAAUUUCCCUGCCUCCAUCUUUGACAGUGCACUCCUGGAAACGUCCCACAGAGUUUAUUGUCAGCAAGGGUCUCUGCGUUGUUGAAAAUCACAUGACCUUUGACCUAAUCUCCCCCAAUGAUCACCUGAUUUGCAGUGAGCUGAUGAGGUGGAUCAUCAGCGAGAUCUAUAUUGUUUUGAGUCUGCAUAAGGGCACAGUUACAGAACAAGACGGUUGGAGACCUUGGGAGCACAUCUACUCGCUGUGUGAGGUGGCGAAAGGUCAUGUGCCACUCUACAACAGCUAUGGGAAAUACGUGAUCAGACUCUACUGGAUGGGUAAUUGGAGGAAGAUAACAGUAGAUGAUUCAAUGCCAUUUGAUGAAGAAAACAACCUGCUUCUUCCUGCCUCCACCUGUCAGUCAGAGCUGUGGCCAAUGUUGUUGGCUAAGGCUCUCAUUAAAGUGGCCAACACAAAUGUAAUGUCCGAGGUCUGCGGGGAGAUGGGCGAGUUGACCUUUAUCCGCAUCCUCACCGGCUGGGUCCCAGAAAUCAGUCCUAUAAAGUCUGUAUACCUGGGAAAAACCUGGGAUUUCUUACAAGACACCAUUCCCACAUUUACACACCCAGAUGAGAGUUUGCCGGAGACGAAGCCUCAGACUGCUGAUCCAGCUGCUAGGAGAGAUUCCAGCUGUAAUGACAGCAAGAGUCGGCUGCCAGAGCUAGAGAAGAGUACAGAUACCCCUGAGGUAGUGGUGUGUGCUAGCUACUACCCUUUACAGCCGCAUAACAAUUCCUUUGGGUUUGGACAAAUGGCUAAUUCCUCAGAGUUUCUUCGUCAGUACGGUCUCUCCUUGCUGUACAGCCACAUUGUCCUGUUGACAAGAACCCGGGCAUGCCCGCUGGAGGCACCACCCAAACCUCCACCUGUACCCCAAUGGAAACUCAUCCGCCCGCGGAAGGAGAGCACGGUCACCGAUGAACCACAAAAGCUUCCUUUGUCAAAACCAGAGCAGUUCAUUGAGGUUGCCAGCCCUUUUCUAUCCUACCGUGUCAAGAGCAGCGUUGGCCCGAUCCCUGAGCGAGAGGCCAAGCAGAGCGCUCAGGGGAAACGUUCCGGAUCCCUUCUGGUGUCCAUUGCUGAGAGAGAGGAGAGUGAAUGCAAAGAAGGCCUUGAGCCUGAUGCAGCUGAACGCACCGCUAACUUACCAAACAGCACAACAGACAAAAUAGAGGUUACUGCAAAGGACAGGAAGAAGGACAAUGCUGACAUCUCCAAUGAUCGUCCCCAAACUGCAUUGGAGGAGCCUGUAACUAGGGAAACCUCACCUUCUGUCACACCCAUCCUGCAGGAGACCUGGGUGGACCUGGAGGACUUUGCUAAAUGCUUUCAGACUCUCUUAGUGUUCCAUAAACCACAAAUCUACCCACAUCAUAUCCACAAAUCUCAUUUUAAGAGCACCAUCUCGUUCAAAACUGCAACAGCCGCCGUCCAUACUGGAUCAUCUUCACAUUCUGCUGGAUCCCUGCCUGUGACAACCACUGUAGCGGGCCCUGAAUGUCCGGAGGUGAGAUGCACUCACUACCUGUGUGUAGACAGCCUGCAACCUCCCCAGAUCCUCAUCAGCUUCUCUACUCUGCUUCUCUGGGGAGAUACAGUCGAGGAGAAAAAGGAAAUGUCAGCAGCAUGUAAGCCUGCAGUUCUCAUCGCCCAGGCCUACUCGUGGAAAAGCCUGCAGUCUCAGCUACCACUUGUCACCAUCAAGACCACCUUCUCAAAGGCAGCUGUGCUUAACUUACCCCCAGGGCGGCAUGUCUUGUCCUUCCACACAAAGGCAGCACUGGGCUACCACGUUCACCUGUGCAGCAAGACACCUUUCAUCUUCGGGGAUGAAGAAACCAUCAUGUCACACCUUGCCAAGGAAAGUGCUCGUUCCAUUGAGCAGGCCUCGUCCAUCUUGAGUGCCCUGUCCAGAGUGGUGUCUUCCUUCAGCGAUGAGCAGGACCAGCCAGCAGCCAGGAGAACCCUAGAAGAGGCUCACUACCCCCCAAACAUCAACACCACCAUGGGAAAAGGGAAACACCACAAGGUGUUUAACUCUGCAGUUUACAACAUGCUGUGUGAGGCUCUGGGCAGGAAACUGACAUCAGAGGAGCGGUUUGCUGUACUGGCCCUCACAAAUGACCCUUUACUCUUGGCCACUGACCCCAAAGAACACUCCCCUAAAUCGGAUGCAGAAUCAAAGCCUCCAGAAAGCUGGACAGACAGGGAGCCGACAGUCGGGGAGGUCAAUGCAGCCACCGUUCUGCAGGCUGGAUUCAAAGGACACUUGGUGCGAGAGAUCCUUAAUGCCUCAAAACCAGGCACGAAGGAGAAUCUCAGUGCAUCUAAGAUCCUUUUAGACAUGUGGCCGAAGGUUGAAUCGGAUGCAGAAAAACACGCUGCAUUCUUGCUACGGUAUAUCAUUGACCACUCUGAGAGGAAAGCAGAGCUCUACCCCUGUCAGCAGGAUGAAUGGACCAGAGUCUCCUUUGCUGAUUACUCCGUCUCUCUUCAAGACACAGCCAACUCCUGGCUCUUGGUCUUCAGAGAGGUGUUCCUGGUUCCUAAGGAGAUGCUGCUUGUGCCAAAGGUCUACUCCCCAAUCCCUAAUUGUCUGCUGCAUGUCAUAAAUAAUGACACAGGAGAGGAGCUGGACAUGGUCUUCAACAAAGUAGCAGCCUGUGUCUAUCAACCCAACAAGCUUGGUUAUACCUUUGUAGCAGAGGCCAUCACACCUGAAUCCCCACCUGCUCCUGGUGCCAAAUGGAGGAUGCGCUUGUUUGGCACGAGGGAACUCCCAAAACUUUCCAAUGAAACUCCACUCAACACGUUCUCAGUGAAGGAAUUACGGGAUUAUUACAUUCCCUAUGACAAAAACCUCAUAUGUCGUUACCUUGUUCAUGUGAACGCAGACAUCAUGGGAACAAUCCAGUUUCAGACUUCCAAGCCAGAUGUAUUGAUCCGUCUGUCCAUUCUGGACCAGGAGGAGGAGGUGGCCGGCAACACCGGGAAAGGUCAUGUGAUAAUUCCUGUAUUCUGCUUCCUGGCCAACAAAGUUACAGCCCCCAGUAGCACAGAUGAGAAGAACCAGAACCAGAAGGGGUCCCCCACCGCCCAGGGCAAGGGAAUCAAGGUGGUAGACACUCCCAAGCCAAGAGAUGAGGAGGACGGCACCGCUGGGAUUGCAGACCCCUCGUCUGAUCAGCACCAGCCUCCCACAGAGACCACGGUAUCACUGACAACUGCCUGCGUGGGUCAUAAGUAUGUGGUGCAGGCAGCGGUGCUUUAUAAGAGCUGGGAUUUGGAUGAAUCUCAGCUGGCUUUCGUCCAUGUGCUCAGAGAAUUGGAGAAGAAUGAAAUGAGAGUAGACAAGUUUGAGGAGUUGAACCGUUCACCCACCACCGACACAAAGCCCCGUCACGGGUCCAAAACUGACACAGCCAAAGGCAGCCGCAAAGGGGAAGGCGAGAAGGGGAAGCCAGGUGACAACUCUAAAUCUGAAUCCAAACAGGAAAAGAUGUCUGUGCCGAGCCUUGACCAGACUAAGGCGAACUGGACGCUGCGUGUGGUCAGCGACGAGAGUAAAACAGAGAGCAUCGAGUUGACAAAGGACAGGGAGAGAGCGGAGCAGAUUAAAGCCAUUAAAAAAGCCUGGGAAACUGCUGAUCCAGGCCGCUGUGACAAGGCUCUACAGUCUCGUCUCAAGUCUCUUAACCAACUCCAACAUCAAGAAGGUGAUGAAACUACUACAGAUAGUGCAGAAAACACACAGUCAGGUUCUGGCUCCUCUCUCAGUCCAUCUAAUAAAGAGCUGACUGAUGCCCCAUGCUCCUUUCCUCCCGAGGACUACACUCCCUUCAUCAGACGCCGAAAGGAUUUUCCAGAGCUGAUGGACUCCCAGAUGGAGGAGAUCCAGCAGAGGGAGCGCUUAGAAAAGAUCCAAACUUACCGGUUGGUCCGAGACAAUGUGCUGGAGCAUCGGAAACAGCAGGAGCUCAACAGGAAGGAGCUAAUGAGGCACCAGCUGGAGAUGUAUGAGCACAUGCAGGCAGCCAUGUCGCAGCACCGUAAGACAUUCCUUGAUGCUUGCGAGGCAUUUACUAGCCGUCAGAUGGAGGCCAUGAAAAAGGAACAAGAAGAGAACUUGGAGGAGGCCCAGCAGGCAACCCCCACCUCUGCUGCCACCCAGCAGUCCAACAAACAAGCCAAGAGUGCUGGCAAGAAAAACUGAUGGUCAUUGGCAGUAAGUUCCAGUCUCAAUUCGCCUCAGCAGACACCUCAACAAGUCUGUUUGUACAGUGAAGAAUCUUCAUUUAAUUACAGCAUCGUAGCCUGCACUUGGUGAUAUAAUACCUGACCAAAAGAUUGUUGCUAAGAACUGUUUUUUUACCAAAUAUGUUCAUACUUUCCCAACAUUUAUUCUGUAUUCCGUGUCAUAUAUAAAAAUGUUCUUAUAUCACACAUCUGUAUCCUUCAUCUUUCAUUUCUAACCUGUAUUGUAACAGCCACUGUUCACCUACAAAAGCAAUCGUUGUAGUGUUUGUUCAUUACCUUCAGAAAAUAUCAAAUGUAAUACAUUUUAAAUGAAAUACUAA